UUUCCUUCAAUUUUCUCCAUUCUUGUUCCUCACUAUGCUCGCAAACCCUAGAUUUGGGAAUUUCCGAUUCCCAGCUCUCAAUCAGAUCCAAUUUUCAUCAAGUAGGGUUCCUAGAUUUCGAUGAUUUUUUCUUGUGUUCCUCCAGGGCUGGAUUCCUUCAGCGAGAGUGAUUUCACUGACUCUUGCUCGGAGAGCGACAUUGUCGAGGCAGCGGAAGAUCCUUCUUGCCGUGAUGCCCGCGGCGAGGGUUUGGGGCAGCGGAGGGAUGCUGGGAAUUCGCAAUUGGAGCCGAAGGUCGGUAUGGUUUUCCGUUCUGAAGAUGAGGCGUACGAGUUCUACAAUGAGUAUGCGAAGAAGAAAGGGUUCAGUGUGCGCAAGGGCCACAUUGCGAGGAGAAGCGAUGGUAGUGUUCAGUCUCGGAGCUAUUUGUGUAGCAAGGAAGGCACCCGGCAGAAGCAUAGCUCUCAUGUAACCAGAAAGCCGCGAGCUUUGGAGAGGACGAAUUGUAUGGCUAGAAUUGAGUAUAAGGUUGAUAAGGACAGUAUUUGGGUUGUGAGCAAGGUUAUUAUUGAUCACAAUCACCACCUUGCCAGCGCAAGCACGUCACAUAUGUUGAAAUCACAACGAAAGGCGUCAAACAGCAAAACUAGAGUCAGUGAUGGGGUGGAUAGGGCCGAAGGGGAGGCUGCGGAAAUGGUUGGUGACCAUGGUGUUGAGAAUGUGGGAUUUAUCAAUAGGCAUCGGAGCAGUUGUUUGAACACUAAGCGAGGCAGAGAUCUUGAGAGGGGUGAUGCGCAAAUGCUUUUUGAAUUUCUGAAAGGGAAGCAAUUGGAGGACCCUUCCUUCUUUUAUGCGAUUCAGCUUGAUGAGAUGGAUCGGAUGACCAAUUUCUUUUGGGCAGACUCACAAUCGGUUGACAAUUACUCUUACUUUGGUGAUGUGGUCUCAUUAGAUACUUUGUACAGGUUGAACAAGUCUGAAGUUCCUUUCGCUCUGUUUACUGGUGUCAACCAUCAUAAGCAGAUUUGUGUGUUUGGCGCUGCUGUGCUGUUGGAUGAAAGUGUGGAGUCGUUUGUUUGGUUGUUCAAUGCAUUUAUGGCGGCGAUGUCUGGGCGACAACCAAGGACUAUCUUUACUGAUCAUUGUGCAUCCAUCGCAAAUGCAAUCAGCAUGGUAUUAACUAAUACCUGCCAUCGCAUUUGUUUGUGGCAUAUACUUCAGAAUGCUGAAAAACAACUUUCAUCUGUCUACAAUAUUAAACCCAACCUUUCGAAGGAAUUCAAGACUUUCUUGUAUGAAGCUGGUUCAAAGGAUGAUUUUUAUGCUGGGUGGAACAACUUGAUUAAUAAGUAUGAUCUUGGUGGUAACCAAUGGCUACGGGAACUGUUUGGAAUUCAAGAGAAAUGGGCUUUAGUAUAUCAGGGGAAUUCUUUUUCUGCUACCAUGACAACACCACAAUGGAGUGAGAGUAUGCUUACUCUGUUCAAGUUGAACUUAAACAUAAAAUUGCCUCUUUCAAAAAUCAUUGAGCUUUAUCAAAAGGCUCUGAUUCAAUUGCGUGAGAAGGAACUCUUGGAAGAUUACAAAUCCAGGACUACUAAGCCUGUAUUGUUGGUUGAUAUGCCUAUGCUGAAUGAAGCUGCAGAAUCAUACACUCGGUUGAUCUACAUGGAUUUUGAAGACCAGUUCAAAAGCCAAAUUGCAUGCGUCUGUCAACCAGUUGCUAUUGAUGAAACAUUGUGCACUUUCAGAGUUUCCCUUCCCAAUGAACAUACCUACUGGCUUGUGGAAUUCCACCCUACAGAUGCUAUAGUUCUUUGCAGUUGCAAGAAGUUUGAGACUAUGGGCAUUCUUUGCAUGCAUGCACUGAAAGUCCUUAACAUUAAUAAUGUUCUGAACCUGUCAUCUCAAUACAUACUGAAAAGGUGGACAAAAUUUGCAAAUGAAGGGCCACUUGAUUCUGAGGGAUCAGCAAGUUUGGCUUUGCGUUAUAACCAGGUUUACCGCAAGAUGAUCACUGCAGUGGACAAAAUUGUAGCUUCCAAAGAUGCAUUGGAGGUUUUUGAGCGUGGAUUUGAUAAGCUUAUCAUGGAAGUUGAGAAUGUGAUACAUGGUCCUCCCAAAAUUGUAGAAAGUGAAAGUCAAAUAGAUCAGUCACAUGCGAUAACAGAGAGGAAAAAAAAGAGAAAAACACAUUAUAUAAACAACUCAACUGAAGCAAAUACCUCUCAUGAUGUAGUGCAAAGCAAAGGAUGUAAUGUUGGUGGAAUGGAUCAGAUGGUUCAUGGGGCAUCACAUCUUAAACAUUAUGAUCAGAAAGUUGUCUCAUCAUUGCAUGAUGCUGUUCCUUCAAAUCCUGCUAGUCUUAUGGGAGGUGCAUCAUUGUCUACCAACAAGGAUAAUGUUGAUCCCUCAAUCGGAUCUCAAGGGGCUGGCAAUUCUAAGGAAACACAGAUUGCUGCCAAGGAUUCUGUUGGUGGCCCUAUGCAAAUCAUGUGUGGCCAGCCAGCCAAUCUAAAUAACUGUACAGUUGAAACUUAUCCAAAUGUUGUUGUGUAUCGCUUUCAUAGUGAUCAACCAAUACAUUUUACAGUUCCAAACCGGCGGAAAUCCAUGCCUCACAAUCACAAGCUUGGCAGCAGCAAAGGUAACUGAUAAGUGUGUGCUGAUACUAAAUGGAAAUUGGUGGCAUGCUGAUGAUACUGGAGGCUGCUGCUUGUGGAUCGCAGUGUUCAUGAACAAUACAAUUUUAAUACACCCUGUUGUAAAGUGUCUACAGCCCAAGAUAGCUCUCACCUUCUAACCCAAGGAAGUUUUAUUUUGCCGUUUUUAAUCAGAUCAGGGCAUUUUGAGACUAGUCUUGCUUAAGAAGGCACUGGAAGUUCUAUGGGACAUGGUUCUCAACUUUUUCAUGAGUAGUUUAAGAACUGAAGAGGAUCACACUGCUUUUAUUAGACGGGUUGGAGGAAACCUAUCGGUGUUGAAGAAUCAAGGAUGGAAGGUUAAAAAAUGCUGCGCGUUAAUGAGUGCAUUUGCUCCCAGGUAAAUCAGAACCUCUGUCAUGCAUCAUUUUUUACCGGCCUUAUUACUUGGUCAUGAUGCUUGAUUUCAACAAUUUGGAGCACCCAUCCAUGUUUAUAUGGUACCUGCACUUUGAGUUUAAAUCUCUGUACAUUAUUGAAUCAAUUUGAUGCCUUGGCAAUCUUACUAUUGCAUACAUGUUAAGCACUUUUUAUAGAUUGCAUUUAUGCACAUUGAACCUUGAAAGCAGGUUGUUAACAGGAAAUUGAAAUCCAUUUAAUUCUUGUGUUACUGUAUUGUAAUAAACAUUGAACGCUUCUAUAGAUUGGAUGUAUGCGACUUGAAUCCCCUCAGAUUGUCUGGGUAACAGGACAUUGAAGAGAAUUGAGCCAAAUGGUAGCCAACAGAAUUCUGAUACAGAUUCCAUUGCUUACCUACCAAAUGAAGGAAGGGCCGCAACUAGAAGUGACGCCGAAGAUGACAGUUCUGGACUAAAGCCUUUGAGCCGGAACCCCGAAGGUGUAUACUCACGCAAAAACGUCAGCUGUAUUUCAGCAAAUAUUGGUGCUGGAAAACUGCAGCCGUUGUUUUAUCCAGUAGUUCUGUUCAUACUUGCUCAACUUACCAUGUGCCACCAACAUUUGGCUAGCAGCUGUGCGUUGAGGGGGACACUAAUUUUUGUUUGUGGUCUCAAGGGCUCUCAAAAACCUCUUCUCAUGUGUUGCAGUGUUUGCUUGCACUCAAUCAUUCUGUAAUCACAGUUCCUCAAGUUGCAUGUACUGUUUUGUAUAUAUACAAAGCUUAAUAUACCAAAACUAUUUUGUAUUGUAUCCUAGUGUAUUUAUACAUGCACGAAUUGAAGGAUUGUAAUUUAAUGGGAAGCAAAAGGCAUGCAAUGUUGUUAAGGAAAUAAAAGAACAAUAAGGGAAAGCAAGAACACAGCCUGGCUAAAUAAUGAAAGGAGAUGUUAUGCCAAAGGACUAUAAAAUU